GGCCAGUCGAGUUUACGUUCUUUGCGCCGCGGCCGUCUAUCAUUCUGGAUCGCGACUCGAGGUUUUCAAUGCCACACCUCCAACAGUGCCAUCCCAAUCAUCAUCACGCCGACCCCGCGCAGCCAUUGCCUGACAAUCGAACAAUCCGAAAUACCGCGCGGGCAUGGUAAACGACUUGUUCUCGACACCGCAACACCAUGGGCGCCAAGUUCAGCAAAGUUAGCUGCUCCUGCACCAUCAAUUGCCACCAACAUCCUGCUGUCCACGACCACAGCAAUGGAGUCGGCCCUUGCCAGCGAUGCACUCACUUGCGCCGUCUGCGUGCAGGUACCGAGUCGCGCGCCUCUGCUGCAAGCACCAGCACCGAGUACCUGGCGCGACCGCGGCACUACGCCUCACCAAGUCCUGACUCCGACCUAGCUCGCCACCUCCUCCUCAACUCAGCCCUCCUCCGCCAGCGCACAGCCACCGCCCAGCGACGCGCCCGCCACAACCGCGCCAUCUCCUACCCGGAGGACACCCUCCCCUCACUUAGUAGCACCACCACCGGCCCGAGUCUGAGCCCGAACCCGAGCCCGAGCCUGAGCUCAAGCUCCACAAGCACCAUCCUCAACCGCACCCCGUCCCUCCCCAGCAGCGCCAUGCGCGCCGCCGCUGCCGCUGCCGCAAGCCCCGCCUACACCCGGGGGAGACACGCCAGUGAUGCCGAUGAGAGCACUCGCAGCAGUCCCGACGGUGGUGGACACAUGGACAGGGAUGAUGGACCCGCAAGCCGGUCAGGUGCCGUACAGGUAGAGAUCUGUGCACCCACGCCGUCGGAUAUCUCGCGGUCUAGCACGGUCGUGGGGUGGCAUGGGUCUGAGGAACGGGGUUCAGAGGAGGGGGAGACUGAGUCGUUGGCGAGGACGAGUCUUUAUAGCGGGGAGGGGGAAGAUGGGGAGGGGGAGAGUGCUGGUUUCGGGUUGGAGGGUGAGGAUACCUAG